CUCCCACAGUCCCAUGGCCAUCCAGACCCAGACCCACCCGAGACCACCACCAUUAUCUGUAUCUUCCACCACCUCCCCUCUCCUCCUCCCGCACAGCGCACACCUCGCCUCUCCUCUCCGGUCUCCAACUCUCCGCUGCCAGCGCCACCACCAACAAACCCUAAUUUAUUCCCCUCCACCGCAUCUAACACGCUAGCGCAGCCAGCCACAGCAGCAACGCCUCACUCCUCUCAUAAAUACAGAGAGGAGAAAAAAACAGCGAGGUCACACGCCUCACAUCCCCUCCCCCCCUCAUGCGCCGCAAGAAGCACUCGGACCGGGGCGGCGGCGGCGGCGGCGGUGGCACUGAGCUCUUCAUCUGCUUCACCUCCCGCCCCUCCACCGCCUCCGCAUCCUCUGGCGCGCCCGCCACCCUGCGCCCUUCCAGCUCCUCCAAGCUUCUCAGCCCCGGCCGCACCGGCGGCGGAGCCGGUGCCGUUGCUGGCGCCGACAGCGCGCCGGUUCCGCCGCUCCACCCCUCCCUCAGCCGUCGCCUCCGCAACAGCGGGAGCCUGAAAGGUGGGCAGUCCCCCAUGUUCCCCUCGGGGUCCUCCGGCGGCCGCCGCGGCCGGGGCGGGUUCGAGCCAGCCGAGCCCUCGUCGCCCAAGGUCACCUGCAUCGGCCAGGUCCGCGUCAAGGGAGGAAAGCGCAAGCCCAAGCACGCCUCCGCCGCCGCGCUGCGCUCGCGGUCCAGGCGCGGGGGUGUCGGCGGCGGCGGUAGCGCGGAGGCCAGCUUCCGCCGCGCCGGAGACGACCGGGACGGUCCUGCGGGGAAGAACCAGGGCUGGGUGUACCAGAUCCCAGUCAACAUCUGCGAGGCGCUCAAGACAUUCGGCUCCUGCGGUGGCCGGUCGCUCUGCUCGCCGUCUCGCGCCGCCGGCGCCGGCGAGCGCGGCUCUCUCUCUGCCGCCGACAAGAAGCGUCGGCGCCCGCCUGCCAGCGGGAGCUGGCUCUGCGGAGCCGCCGUGGCCAGGUGCCUCUUGGCGAUCCAGGAGGAGGAAGACGAUGAGAUCGGCAAGGGAGCAGCCGUCGUGCCGGCCGAGGAUGUAAAGGCUUCAGAGGUCGGUCUCGUGAUGCAAGGGUGGGACGUGGAGGAGGAGGAGAGCACGGUGGUAGUCGGGGAGGUGGAAGUGGAGAAGAAGGACGAGAUCUUGGUGGUUGGGAAGGAGGAGGAAGGGAGGGUCAGCGUCUGCAUCCCGCCGCGAAACGCGCUGCUGCUGAUGCGCUGCAGGUCGGACCCUGUUCGUAUGGCUGCAUUAGCCACUCGCUUCUGGGGCUCCCCUGCAGCGGCAAAUGUCAGUCAGGUUGACAAUGUCAAGGAUGAAAACGAAAACGACGACGACGAAGAGGAGGAAGAGGAUGAGGAAGACGAAGAUGGUGCUGACACAGAUAAGGAAUGCAAAGAGCAAGCUCGUGAUUCAGCGGUUUCCACUAAAGAAGCUGGAUGCCGUGAGUGUGAUGGUUCCCUACAUGAUGGUUGUGAAGCAGGACAAGUAGAUCCACUGGAGACGGAAGCAGUGGAGACCUCUGAAUGCGGAGAUCUUGGUGAAGAAGCGAGCGAGUACGGUGACUGCAGAGAGGAUGAAGAGAAGAUUGAGCCAGAGGAAGCACCAAUUGUUCGGAAGGACUCAGUUUUGGAGGUAGCUUUGUCAGGAGAAGCUACAGGGAGGGAUAUCCAAUUGCCGUUGCUGGAGAUGGUGGAGACUGUGGCGGAAGCUCAGGAAGAAGUUUCUGUUCCAGGACCUGAGAAAGAGGAGCAAGAGAUGAAGGGCAGGAGGUCAAGCAAUUGCUGCUCCCCAUCGACAGCACUGAAGGAGGACAGGAAACUGCGACGGUUGAGCAGCCGCAGACGGGUAGGUAGCAGUAGUAGGGCCUCAUCGGGCAGUGACAGGGUUGGGCGGCGGCACAGCUUCUCAGCCGAGACAGAAGCACGUCGGUCAAGCUUCUCGAGCUUGAAGGACUCAAGGAGAGCUAGUUUCUCCAUCGACAGGGAUGGCCGCAGAUGGAGCUUCUCUAUUGAGCAGGAACAUCUUGUUGCAGAGCCUAAGGUGCUGAUGGGAUCCAGAAAGGGCCAGAAAAUUUCAUCUGAGCCAGAGUCGGAAAAAGAUUGCGCUGUUCAUGCUGCCCCAAACAGUGCAGAGGAAACUCUUGAAUCUCAUGACGACGGAAAGGAAGAAGCAACAUUGGAUGGACAGGAAGAAGGAACAACACAAGAGACACAAGUUGAUGAGAAGGGUGAGAAGGUAGAAGUCGGAGGUGUUGAGGCACAAGAUGUGGUCGAAGAACAGAAGCAGAGAAGAAAGAAAAGUGGUGAAUUGCCAGAUUGCCUCCUCUUGAUGAUGUAUGAGCCUAAGCUCUCUAUGGAGGUCUCCAAGGAGACAUGGGUCUGCAGCACGGACUUCGUCCACUGGAAGUCUUACCAGGGCCAGAACCGCCGCAACCGCCGCCAACAAAAGGCUGGUUGCAAUGCCGCUCCAGCGGAGGAGCUCAAGGAUACAGACAAUGCUGAAGGAACCAGUGAUGCUAAGAACACAGAAGAGAGUGUAGCGCCUGCAUCAGCAAACUUGGUGUCUAUGCCACCUCCGGUUGUGCAGAAAUCACCACUCAAAGAAGCUGCGGAGCAGAAGUUCAAGAUAGAGCUGCCACUGGUUACUGGCGCUGCAACAUAUGCACCGUUUGUUCUGAAGCGCUGCAAAUCCGAGCCGAUGCGAUCCUCGGCACGGCUGGCGCCCGAUGCCUGCUUCUGGAAGGACCGGCAUAGGCCCCUCAAUGCCACCGGAGUUGGCUUUUGAUUCCAGCCGAACACAACCUCUGGUAUGCCUAGUUAGCUAACGAGUGAGUUGAGAGUUUUCAAGCUUUGUCGUGUAAUAGUGAUGAAGUUCUUUCAUGCUUGGUGCUGUUAUGUGAUGUGGACAAACAAAUAAUAGCAUGUUAAGUUACAUCAGAUAGAUUAGGGAGGAGUAUAUGUAAAUCUCUUGGGGUUGCUUCAUGUGUGUGCUAAAUUCCUUUUUUCGUUGAUGAUCAUGAUGUUGUGCAGUGCA